CUUCUGGACCCUGCCCUGCCAGAGGCCAGCCCUGCACACUAAGCAAGCACAUGGACCAGCUCAGGCCCUGUCCCCAAGGCAGUAGCAGGAUGUGGAAACCUCCGGAAGGAAUGGGACAUCCUGGAGAAGAGGUCCUAGAGGUGUUGGCAUCCAGUUCUGAACAGCUGUUGGAAGUCCACUAACAGAACCAGAGAGGAGGCCUCUGGGUGACCACACCUUCCAACCGUAGUCUCUGCUCCUCGUCCUGAGACACAAGUACCACCAAGAUGUCAAACCCAUUCCUGAAGCAAGUGUUCAACAAGGACAAAACGUUCCGACCCAAGCGCAAGUUUGAGCCUGGCACGCAACGCUUCGAGCUCCACAAGCGUGCACAGGCGUCUUUGAACGCUGGGCUGGACCUUCGGCUGGCUGUGCAGCUGCCACCAGGUGAGGACCUCAACGACUGGGUGGCGGUGCAUGUGGUGGACUUCUUCAACCGAGUCAACCUCAUCUAUGGCACCAUCAGUGACGGCUGCACCGAGAAGUCGUGCCCAGUCAUGUCCGGGGGCCCCAAGUAUGAGUACCGCUGGCAGGAUGAGCAGCGCUACCGGAAGCCCACCGCAGUGUCUGCGCCCCGCUACAUGGACCUGCUCAUGGACUGGAUUGAGAUGCAGAUCAACAAUGAGGACAUCUUCCCAACCAAUGUUGGGACACCAUUCCCCAAGAACUUUCUGCAGGCAGUGCGUAAGAUCCUGUCGCGGCUGUUCCGAGUAUUCGUGCACGUGUACAUCCACCACUUCGACCGCAUUGCUCAGAUGGGCUCUGAGGCUCAUGUGAAUACAUGCUACAAGCACUUCUACUACUUUGUCACCGAGUUCAGCCUCAUUGACCCCAAGGAGCUAGAGCCCCUGAAGGAGAUGACCUCACGGAUGUGUCACUGAGGGUCCGACCCAGCCGCAAGCUCAGGGAGACAGCUGAGAAGUUCAUGUCAGCUUUGUACAAGCUUGCAUCUCAGGAGCAGCACCACACCUGAAUGCCACCAUCAGAGGGGCAGAGGGACUCUGGCUCCUUCCUCUCCUGGUGACUAUGAGCCCUUCAACUCUGACCUAUCCCCUUGCCUGUCUCCAGGGGUCUGAACUUGAAUUCUGAAACCCUGUGUGCUCCUAGUCACCGGGCUCACACUGUGUUUGUGCCACCGCCUCUGGCGGGAGGUGGGACCUGGGGCCAUUCAUUGUCCCUUCUCCAUAUCUGUCCAGCUUUGCAGCCAUGGCCUUUGUAUGUGUGGCCGCAGCUCUGCCCCCCUCUUUCCAGCCUGGAACGAGGUGGCACCAGGUUUCCUCCAUUCAGAGCCAUACUCUGUAUGGUGACCAUUCUAAAGAUAUCCUAGUGUGCCAUACCCUCCUCUGCCCUGCCCUGCCCUGCCCUGCCCUCAGGGUACACUUCUGAUCAUUGGGCAUUGCCAGAGCUUUCUACUCCCUCUGCCUGGCACUUCUGGGUGAUGUGCCUCCCUAACACCCCCUGGGCAGGGCUCCUAGUACUGAGUGUUCUGAGGUCUUUGCAGGAUCAGAAGGGUACAGAUGCUGCAUGCUUGUGAUCCCAGUUCUUGGGAGGCAGAUGCAGGAGGAUUGCUGCAAAUUCAAGACCACUCUGGCCUCCACCCUGAGAGUCAGGCCAGCCAGGGUCUCAUAACAAGAUUGUCUUAAGAAAAGGAUUGUAAAGGGCAGUUGGGCAGUGGUGAUGCACACCUUCAAUCCCAGCACGAGUGAGGCAGAGACAGGUAGCCGAGGCAGAUGGAGCUCUGGCGAGUUCGAGGCCAGUCUGGUCUACAGAGUGAGUUCCAGGACAGCCAGGGCUACAGAGGGAAACCCUGUCUCAAAAAACAAAAAGAAAACAAUCAAACAAAUAAAGGGAUGGCUCAGUGGGUAAAGAGUUUGCUGCGUGAGUGUGAGGACAAAAGUGUGACCCCAGCACACAGGGGAAAGCCAAGUGUGGUGGCACUUGUCACUCCAGACUCAGACACAGAGAGCUCCUGCCUCUGCAUCCCAAGUGCUCAGAUUAAAGAUGUUAGGCACAACGCCUAGUCCAUGUGCUUUGUCUUUUUGAGUCCCUGGCUGACCUGGGAUUCAUUAUGUAGACCAGGCUGGCCUCAGACUCCUAUAGAUCUACUUUCCUCUGCCUCCCCAGUGCUGGGAUUCAAGACAUGCACCACCACACCCAGCCCAUCUGGGAAUUUUAGAGAAAAAAGUUUAGCCAGUUUCUAUUGGCUGCCCUCUUGGGGCACAGUGUCUGGUUCAACCCAGAACCCAGGGAUGAAUUCUCACAUGGUUUCCAACACCUGCUGGGAUCUGCAGUUCCCUAGAGAGUGGCAACAGGGACCUUCCUUUCUUCGGUGGCAACCUACUAUGUAACAAAGCUUUGUGAAUAGGCCCUAUGGGCCACGGGACCAAACACCCAUGGACACCACUCUACCAUGCCAUGGAGGGCAUAGCAGGAUGUGACUGUCCCCAGCUCCAGUCCUUGACCUUCUGAGCCCUUCCCUUGAGACCUGUGCACUGUGAAGACCCUAGGGAAUUUUGGCCAUUUUUCCAAAUGUGGGUGGCUACCACUGAACUAAAUGAGUACAAUUAAUGAGAUAGCAAUGCCUGAACCCAAAUCCUGAGGGACUCCCCUGGUCCUUCCAGAAGCCACCACACCUGGUGCUCCAGCCCUGGAAGGACCCAGGGGUCAGCCCUCAAGGCUUGACUGAAUGUAUCUUCCACCUGCAAGACUUAGCCACUGUGCCAAAUCUCGGAAGCCCAGGGGAGGGGUCCACAUUGCCUCAUCCAUCCCACCUCAAUACAAGCCUAAGAAUAAAGUUGACAUCUUGACACUUUG